AUGUCCACUAGUGUACCUAAUGGAUCGGAACCAUCUACACCAUCAUCUGCACAACGACCGCUAUCUAAUAAUACAUCACAAAAUACUGUACGGGAAACUGCACCACAGCAAAAAAGAUGUGAAAUUUAUCGAUAUAACUCGGAUAAACCACUAUUUGCUUCAGCUUGGAGUUACAAACAAGAUGCGAAGUUUCGGUUAGCCGUUGGAACUAUCGUUGAACAAGAUCAAGGAAAUCGUGUAUCUAUUGUUCAAUUAAAAGAAAACCACCCCGAACUUAUUGAAACAGCAAGUUUUGCUCAUGAAUUCCCAGCAAAUGCAAUCGGUUUCAUCCCUGAUCCAAAAAACAAUUAUCCUGAUCUAAUUGCCACGACUGGCGACUGUUUAAGAAUUUGGAAAAUCGAUGGAAAUGUUGUUGAACCAGAUUGUGUUCUUAGCAAUGUAAGUAUUCUGUUUUCAAGUUUUUCUAUAAAUAAUAUAAAUUUUCAGCAUGUUCAAACAACACAAUAUACUGCUCCAUUGACAAACUUCGAUUGGAAUGAAGAAGAUCCAAGAAUUAUUGGAACUGCUAGUAUUGAUACCACGUGUACUAUUUAUGAUAUAGAGGUAACAUUUAUUCAAUAAAAAACUAAAAUGGCUAUCAUUUUUUUUUAAAUAUGAAUAAUUUCAGACUGGAUCUGCAAUCGGUGCCACAAAACCAACGACAUUUUCUGUGAAAACCCAACUGAUUGCUCACGACAAACCAGUUCACGAUAUCGGUUUUUCACACGUAAAUAAUGGUCGUGACCAUUUUGCAACAGUUGGAGCCGAUGGAAGUGCAAGAAUGUUCGAUUUGCGAAGACUAGAACAUUCAACAAUCGUAUUCGAAGAUCCGGCAAAAACUCCUUUAAUGCGUUUAGCAUGGAACAAACAAGAACCACACUAUUUGGCAACAUUUGCUCAAGAUGCAACCGAAGUUGUUAUUUUAGACAUCCGUAUGCCGUGUCAAGCACUUUGUCGUCUCAAAAAUCAUAAUGCACCAGUAAAUGGUAUCGCUUGGGCACCACACAGUCCACAUCAUAUAUGUACAGCUGGAGAUGAUGCUCAAGCAUUGAUAUGGGAUCUUCAACAUAUUCCACGACCAGUUGAAGACCCGAUUUUGGCGUAUUCCGCAGGCGGAGAAGUCAACCAAGUUCAUUGGGGACCAGUGCAUAGCAAUUGGAUAUGUAUUUGUUUUAACAAAUCACUUGAAAUUCUCCGAGUUUAAGAAGUAUUUUUUUGAUAUAUUUCCAUUUUCAUUUUCAUGUUUAUUCAUUCAUUAAUUCCCUAACAACUAACUUUACCCAAAAAACAAUUUCCAGUGUUAUUUUGAUCUCUUUCCUAUUAACUCUUAUAUGUGAUAUUUUUCAUUUAAAAUGAUAAGCCGACAAUAAUUUUAUUUUGAUUUUGCGUUGUUUUUUCGAUUAUAAUCGGUCUGAUAUCCGAUUUCUUGUACUUUUGUUUGUCAGAAUUUACAAAUAGAAUUUUCAAUCCCAUUUUUUUUCAGUACAAAGUUUCGUGGAUGGAACAACAUCAGAUGAGCUAUUAUACACAACAGCAGCCACAACAGCCAUCUGACACAUAUGCAGAAAUUCAAAAACAACAACAACCAAUCGAACUUAUUGCUGGACCAUCUUCAGAACCAUUUGAAGAUGCGAUGUUAUCAGCUGGACCAUCUUCAGCGGAUUUAAUCGGCUCUUCUUCGGGUGGUCCGCGCGAUGAUUCUCGUCGAAAAGAAAUCUAUGCCUACACUGCUCCACACACUUUAUAUUCACAUGGUUGGAGUUCUGCCACUGACACAUCUCGAAAAUUCCGAAUCGCAGUCUCAAGUUUCAUUGAAGAAUAUUCGAAUAAAAUAUCGAUUGUUCAACUCGAUGAAGAUAUUGGUGAGAUAGUUCAACGCGCCACAUUCGAUCAUCCAUAUCCGGCAACAAAAAUCAUGUGGAUCCCAGAUCAAAAAGGAACCUAUCCGGAUUUAUUGGCAACAAGUGGAGAUUAUUUGAGAUUAUGGAGAAUUGGCUCGAAUAAUCAGGCGAGAAUCGAAUCACUUUUGAAUACAAAUCGAACAGCUGAGUAUUGUGCUCCACUAACAUCAUUCGAUUGGAAUGAGAAUGAUUUGAAUUUGAUUGGAACAUCGAGUAUUGAUACAACUUGUACAGUUUGGCAAUUGGAAACUGGACAAGCGAUUGGAACAACACGGCCAGCACAAAUUGAUGGAAAUAUACGAACACAAUUGAUUGCUCAUGAUAAAGAAGUUUUCGAUAUUUCAUUUUCAAAUGCAAGUAGUCAUAUUUUUGCAUCAGUUGGAGCUGAUGGAAGUCUUCGAAUAUUCGAUUUACGAAGAUUGGAACAUUCAACAAUUAUGUACGAAGAUCCAACAAGAACUCCAUUGCUCAGAUUAUCCUGGAAUCGAAAUGAUCAAAAUUAUAUUGCAACAUUUGCACAGGAUAGUAAAGAGGUACAAUUUUCAAAUGUGAAUUCGAAAAAAAUGUAAAAGUUUCAGGUGAUAAUUCUUGAUCUACGUCUUCCUUGCACUCCUGUUGCUCGACUUCGAAAUCAUGAAGCAACAAUAAAUGGAAUAUCAUGGGCUCCACAUUCUGGCUCACACAUUUGCACAGCUGGCGACGAUCGUCAAGCCCUAAUUUGGGAUGUUCAUGAGAUGCCAAAACCAAUCGAUGAUCCAAUUUUAGCCUAUCAAGCUGCUGGAGAGGUACUGUAGACUUACCUCCCAGAAUUUUUCAAAAAAUAAUUUUUUUAGGUUAAUCAUAUUCAUUGGUCAAGUUCAUUCCCUGACUGGAUUUCAAUUUGCUCAGAUAACAAACUGGAGAUUUUGCGUGUUUAA